AUGGAUAUCUUAAAGGCAGAAAUCGCAAGGAAACGUAAGCUCCUUGAAGAAAAGAACAUAAUUGAUCCUACUAAAAGUAGGAAAUAUUUUAAAAGAGGAGAUCUCUUAGCUAAAGAACAAGAAGAGUAUUUUAAAAAGUAUGGUUCUCAGAAACAGGAAGCAGAAGAAAUCGAAGAAAAAGAUAGACAAACAAAAGCUGACAAACAGGAAAACAAUGAAACAGAACAGACUGAAACAGUGUUAUUACCAAGGACAGAAGUUAUUAAAAGGUUGAGAGAGCGAGGACAUCCAAUAUGGUUAUUUGGUGAAAGUGAAGCCCAGUCCUUUAAGAGAUUGAGAAGGAUUGAAAUUCAAGAACCAGAAGCAAAUAGGGGCCUACGAAAUGAUUUCCAAGAAGCUAUGGAAAAAGUAGAUGAAGCAUAUUUAAAUGAAAUAUUAGCAUUAGGAACACAGGGGGACACUGAGCAGCAACUCAAAGAGAUAGCAUUAGAUGACUCUGUAACAUAUGAUGCAAUAUUGGAGAUGGCUAAAACAUUGGGACAAGGAAAUAAAAAUCACGAUAUGAAUGUGAUAUUGACGUUAUUACAAUUUCUUUUAAAACUUUGGGGACAACAACUCAACUCGGCAACGGCAGCAGAAAAAACGGCAGUCAAACAUAAAAUGGCUAGAGCCACUUUUACACAAACUCAAGUGUACUUAAAACCUCUAGUCCGGAAGCUAAAAAAGAAAAACCUACCUGAUGAUAUAUGUGAAAGUUUAUGUGAAAUUACUAAACAUUUACUAGAUAGAAAUUAUAUAAUGGCAAGUGACUCAUAUUUACAGAUGGCAAUAGGCAAUGCUCCAUGGCCUAUUGGUGUCACUAUGGUGGGCAUUCAUGCUCGAACAGGUCGAGAGAAGAUUUUUUCCAAAAAUGUCGCCCACGUCAUGAACGACGAAACGCAAAGAAAAUAUAUCCAGGCCUUGAAGAGGCUUAUGACUAAGUGUCAAGAAUAUUUCCCAACCGAUCCCUCUCGAUGUGUCGAGUAUACUGCGACUGUAAAUUAA